GGAGCUGUUCGUUUUUGAAUUGACAUGACCGGUUCCGUUUACGUACCUGAUGAAGGAUCUUGGUCGCAGCUGUCAAAUGUCAUAGCUACCGCUUUUGAAGCACGCCAAUUGUUGGAUGAGUGAGUGACAGGGCGAAAGAACCAUGGAUCGCCAAACCGAAUACCGGUCGGGCGGGGGACCAGAUAGCCUCAGCAGCCUACAAGACGGCAAUGAUGAACGUUUCCGUCUUCUCGAUGAAGAAGACCAAGACCGCGAUUCAGAAUCAGCAUCAAGUCGGUUCUCAGAUGUACAAGAGCUAGAUUGGGAACAUGAGGCCAAAACACUCCAGCAUUCCCCGUCUUCCCGGCGAAGGUCUUCCUGGCUGCGAACUGUCGUAAUUUUCUUACUCGUAGCAUGGACGCUAGGAUUCAUUAUCCAUUCUUUCAUCGUCCCUCACAAAUACAUUCCCGACACCCCUAAAACGGCUCAACUGCGACCUGAAGAUGACUACAUCCUUGACCCAGAAUGGGACUUCAACGCCGAACCUACAACUAGAGAAUUUCACUGGACUAUCUCUGAGCACGUGCUCAACCCCGAUGGCGUCUAUCGACCCAUGAUCCUCGUCAACGGGAUGUUCCCAGGCCCGCUCAUUGAGAGCAACGAAGGCGAUGAAAUCGUUGUACAUGUGCACAACAAAGCCUCAAACGCAACAUCCAUGCAUUGGCACGGGCUGUACCAAAACGGCACGAACUGGAUGGAUGGAACAGUCGGAGUAACCCAAUGUCCAAUUGCCCCUGGUCACGAUUUUACCUACAGGUUCAAUGUUUCUGGCCAGAGUGGAACAUACUGGUACCAUUCACACAUGAGUGCUCAAGCGUCUGAUGGGCUUGUCGGGCCGUUUGUAAUCCACUCAAGGGCAGAAAAAACAGAAUUGCAAAAAUUUCCAUACAACCAGGACCGCGUUGUUCUAGUAUCAGAUCACUACUACAACCUCUCCUCUGAACUCUUAGUCCAUUAUCUAUCCCCAGACCGUGAGAAUACAGAGCCUGUCCCUCCAUCCGCCAUCAUAAACGGCCGCAACAUCCGUGACUGUUCCACACUACCUGGCCGCAACUGCUCGUCCACCAACCUCACAACCGCACUCUUCUCCCUCGCAUCCGACACAAACACCCGCCUACGCAUCAUCAACGUGGGCGCGUUCGCCGAAUUUCAGAUCCAAAUCGACGAGCACGAGUUCUCCGUCACAGAAGUCGACGGCACAGACGUGCAUCCGCAAUCCAUCCACCGGCUCACUAUCAAUCCUGCCCAACGAUACAGCAUCGUUCUAACUCCACCGAAUCCAAACAAAGGACUCUACUGGCUGCGCGCGAGAAUGGUAACACACUGUUUUGGCGAAGAGAAUCCCGAGCUGAGCGAGGAAGUUCGAGGGAUUGUUAAAUACUGGGCUCCAGGCGACCAAACAAACCCCUCCAGCAAAGACUGGCCUGAAGUCAUCGAACUCGAAUGCCGGGAUCUCAACACCAGCGCCAUAUCCCCGGUCCACGCGAUCCGCGCCCCCGAAACCCCAGACGACCAAGUCUACCUCCGCUCGUCCUUCCAAAUCGGCUCCUGGCGUCUAAGCCGAGGCUUCCUCAAUGGCUCUUCCUACCGGCCCCAGAUAUCCUCCCCGAGCCUAAACCGCCUGGUGGACGGCUACACCAACAAAAACGACCGCUACAUGGGCUCGCUCUACCCAAUCCAAUACGGCACCAACUCCGCCAUCUUCAACCCCUCUCACGAGCUCGUGUACCAAACAACGCACAUCCGAACCAUCGACAUCCUGAUCCAAAACUUCGACGACGGAAACCACCCCUUCCAUCUCCACGGCUACAAAUUCUGGGUGCUUGCGUCCGGGCACGGAUAUCCUCCUACAGAUUUGUAUAAGAACUUGGAUCUGACGAAUCCGCUGAGGAGAGAUACGGUUAGUGCAGAGGCAUUUGGGUGGGUGUUGGUCAGGUUUGUGGCAGAUAAUCCGGGGAUUUGGGCGUUUCAUUGCCAUAUCAGUUGGCAUGCGGAGGCGGGGCUGAUGAUGCAGUUUUUGACGAGGGCAGAUCGGGUGGCGAUGUGGACGCUGCCUAAGGAGAUGAAGGAUUUGUGUAAAGCGGAGGGGAUUGAAAAGGGAGAAGGACCAGAUGAUAAGAUUUGGGAGGGGAGUUUUUAGGGUGAAAAGGCGUGUAAGACAGCG